CUUUCAUCUCGUCAGAGAAAGAUACCUCUUCUGAAAAAAAAAACACCUCAAUAUCAUAAACAUACCUGCUAUCCUCCUCUCCCAUUCGUAUAGACACCAACGAUCCAACAAUGUGUUUCGGAUUCACCAAGAUCUGGAGGCGCAAACUCAAGAAAAGUACAGCCAAUGCAGCUGAGAAACCGGUCUCGGCUUCAACCUCAACGACCUCUCCCCCGACUCCGGUACCGGUUUAUAAGCCGCCUCCAAACAUUAGGCUAGACGGCCACAUCACCGCAGCAGCUGCUAUGGACAACACGCCCGUGACCAAGAAUGAGAAACCCCAGACGACUACCCCUCCUAGCAAACCAACUCCAUCCACCACGUACCUGUCGGCACCAAGCCCCAGCUAUAGUUCCGGUAUUAGAUCCCACAGCACAUUAUCCCCGGGCUCCCAUUUCGGAGAAACCACCCCUUCCAUAUCUUGUUCUGGAGGCCAUCACAGUAGCAGCUAUCAUAGCAGCAGCGGCAGCAGCUCCAGUGGUGGUGGCGGUGGUGGUGGCUGCAGUAGCAGUAGCAGUGGUGGUGGUGGUGGUAGCGGAUUCUAAGUCUCGCCUCCUGGAUAAUAGUUUGCCUAAUUUUGGUCGCUAUGGUCAUGUUUGUUCCUUAGGCAGAAGGUCGCGUGUGCACCUGUCCGCGAGUGGGCUUUUUUAGAGGAUUUUAAGUUUCUACGGGUUCCGGUGUUGUUGUUUUUUCCACUGCUUUACCCUUUUUAGCUUCAUACUCUAUCCCUUUAGAAUGCAUAAAGUCUUAUCUCCUC